AUGAAUGGACAUGGGACUGAAGUUCGGACUGGGCGCACAUCCCCUCCGGCUGCUCUCUUUGGAUACUCCUUUCUCCCACCCAUGGACACCCCCUUUGAACAGGCCCCUGCUCUUCCCCCAGGGCCCUCUCUUCUUGAUGAUAACGAAUCCAACAUGCUCGACAACUUUUUUACUACCAUGAACGCAAACCACUUUACGAAUGAUCUCUGGAUGCGACAAGAACAUAAACCCGGGGCACCCAACUUUGACUGGUCAGGUGAGCUGCCACCCAACUUUGAGGGAUCAACCACGUCCCUAUCACAGCCUUCAUUUCAGCAGCAUGGGCUAGGCAAAGCAGCCGGGGGGAUGGUGACAGACAACCCUACAAGCUCAGAUAUCUUCGCCGCAGCCUCCAUGCUCUACCACAGCGGUGUAAACGGAUCAGAGUUGGGAUCUACAUUAGCACAACAGAAUUUCGCGGGACACUCUCUCCCUGCCCUUGGGACACAACGAAAAAACAAUUCACAUACCGGCAGUACUGCACAUGGUUCAACUUCAUCUCCACCCCGGGCUGAUGUACCGAUUGGAUACCAUACCUCGGAGAUGUUUUUUGACAUCCGUGACCCCAUUCCCGUGGACCAACAUCCAUCAAGGAAGGUCCGCAGUUUGCGAUGGGGCUCAGAUGCUAGUUUCAUGGAUCAAGGUUAUCUUCGCCCCCCUGACCAGCCCGACGAGGAACAGCGGACAAAUGACCUGCUCGAUCAUCUCGGGUGUUUCGAGCCACAAAGCAGUGCAGCAAACACACGAGCACCUAGUCCAGAACGCAUGGUUGGGGCUCCUCAAGGUUCCACUUUCCAAAGUGGUGGUGUCCUGGACGAUGGCUUACAGCUUCGGAAACGCUCAAGAGUCGUGAAAGAGGAGGGCGACGAAUACUCCGAUGAUGAUGAUGCACGAGCUCACUCAAGAAAAUCUAGAGGAUCUAUCAGCAAAGGUCGACGGGUAUCAGCAGACAUGUCUCGAAAAGCCCGACUACAGCCAGGGUCUAAAGCUGCACGAGAGAAUCUUACAGAGGAACAAAAGCGAACCAACCACAUUCUUUCGGAGCAGAAACGCCGAAAUCUCAUUCGCCAAGGCUUCGAAGACUUGUGCACACUCGUCCCUGCGCUCAGAGGUGGCGGGUUCAGCAAAAGCGCAAUGCUCACUGGAGCUGCUGACUGGCUUGAGGACCUUCUCCAUGGGAAUGACAUACUCCAGAGCCAAUUGCAUGACUUGAAGGGCAUUAAUGGCUUGGUUAUGCCGCGUUGA